CCUUUGAAAAUUUUUGUUUUACUUGAAUCUACGAGAUAGUUACUCAUCAAAAAAGGCUUUCUUUCCCGCGUAUUUGACCAAAUAACACGUCGCUUCCUCGACAACACCUUUUUCCCAAAACCUCCCGUCAUUACUGCUCACAAAAAAUCCAUCUACUUCUGUCUUUUUUUCACAGGAAAAAGUUCUCAAACCUCAGAGAUUGGAUGUUCUGUUUUCAUUAAAGUGUUAUAGCUGUACGUAUUGUAUAUGGGUCAAAUCACACGUCAUUUACACAUCGGAUUUUCGUAGCACAUGAGAAUAUCUCCAUUUGAAGGUGACUGGCAUUGUGCAUAUGUGUUGCUAUACGGGCCGAGAAGACUAGAAAUCAUUAAAGAAUCUUCGUGAUCACGUGAUCUUAAGAAGAAGUGGAUUUUGUACCUUUAAAGAAUGCGAAAGCUAAGCUUGAGGGAAAGAAAUCUGGUGUUGAUAAAAUGGAUGUCGAUUCUGACGUAAAGGAAUACCAACCAUACUCUUUUUCUGAUGACACUGGCUCUAAUAACAGUGGUUUUUACCAGUUGCAAGCUGUUCUGACUCAUCAAGGACGAUCAUCGUCAUCUGGUCAUUAUGUGGCAUGGAUCAAAGGGAGUAACAACUCUUGGAUUAAGUGCGACGACGAUAAAAUAACGCACAUUACUGAAGAAGAUGUUUUGAAAUUAUCCGGGGGAGGUGACUGGCAUUGUGCAUAUGUGUUGCUAUACGGGCCGAGAAGACUAGAAAUCAUUAAAGAAUCUUCGUGAUCACGUGAUCUUAAGAAGAAGUGGAUUUUGUACCUUUAAAGAAUGCGGUAUUGUGCCGAUAUGUCUAUGGGUUGAUAUCAUCUUAAAAUCUCCUGUUGAGUAAUUUGUUUCAAAUCAACACUGCAGUAUUUUCUUCAGUGUCAUCGAGACAGUUAAGUUUAUACGCUAGCCAAUUGACAAUUGUCAAAAA